AAAUAAUCAAGCGCGUCCUCGGAGCGCUCUACGCUUUCAAGGGAGGACAUGCGGCGAUAGCAAUGAGGAGCUGUACAUCGGAUAUCUAAAGAACCAUUCGGCUGAGUCCUCUAUGAUUCAGCCACAAUUGAUUAUAUCAUAUUACCACCCAGUUCAAGCAUUGAAUCAUGGCAGACGCCAAACCGCCCUCUGACAGGCCUCAGAGGAAGAUGUCCACUACAGGGGACAGUUUAUACAAGGUGCUGGGAUUGGAGAAAGGGGCCACAGCAGAGGACAUUAAAAGAGCUUACAGAAAACUGGCUCUGAAAUACCAUCCAGACAAGAAUCCAGACAACCCCGAAGCAGCAGAAAAGUUCAAAGAAAUCAACAAUGCCAACUCAAUCCUCACUGAGGAGACCAAGCGCAAGAUCUACGAUGAAUAUGGCUCCAUGGGGCUCUACGUGUCCGAGCAGUUUGGAGAAGAGAGUGUCAAAUACUAUUUCCUCAUGUCGAAGUGGUGGUUCAAGGCUAUGGUCAUGUGCUGUGCCGUUUUCUCCUGUUGCUGCUGCUGUUGCUGUUGCUGUUUCUGCUGUGGAAAGUGCAAACCACCAGAGGAGGAUGAGAACUACCAGUACGUGGACCCAGAAGACCUGGAGGCCCAGAUCAAAGCAGAGCAGGAUGGAGGAGGCUCAAAUGUCCCUAUUUUGAUCCAGCCCAGUUCCACUGUCAACACCUCAGAGUCCACGCAUUUCGCAGCCAGCCAGUCCAUGUACAACACCCAGAAAUGAGCCACCUGCCUGAUCCUAGUCCCGGUCAUUACUGAGGGGGUCCUGCUGAUGGACUCUAAGGCCCCUGAUGUUGUGUGCUGACGGCAGGGCAUCACGGCACCAGGACUAAACUGUGCCACUGCGCCAUACCCUGACUGACCCACUGGAAUCGAGUGGCAGUUUGCCAAAAGACAAAGAAGCCUCUGCCAAUCUCAUCUGUGUCUCCAUUGGUGUGUAUGUCUGUCUGUUCGUAUAUAACUACACGUUCAUUUCAAAAUAAUAUAGCUAUGAGACUGGUGCCACUGGGCAGUGCUCAAGGUGGGAAGUGGGUUUUACUGUUGGGGUGUUUCUUUUUGGUUCUGGCUAUUUAUUUAAUUUUUUACUUUUUUUUUAUGUGUUCGAAGCAUGGACGUGAGUGGAAUGAUCAUAUGAGUGCAUGCAAAGCAAUAACAGCAUGCCACUACUAUACAGCAUAGGAACGUGCAAGAACCCCUCCCACUUAUCUUCAUCCAAAUGCGGAGCCACAACAUGGCACUUUUUUUUUUUUUUUGUUUGCUUCUUUAGAUGGCAGUGUUUUCCGUUCUCAAGUUUGCAGUCAUCUGUUACAUUUGCAUUAUAUUGCAUUUCGUUUAAGAUCAAAUCGGUCAAUCGUACACAAAUGGCAUGACAUGUCUGCGUAACCACUUUUUCUGACUAAAGCGAAGGCAGAUGCCUCAAACGUCAGCUGACGUGCCGUGUGCAAUGGUCAUACAUUUCCCUAAAAUCAGAACACUUGAAUAUGCUGGUGAAAGUUGUUUUUCUAUGCACUUUUUUCCGCUACCUUCAUUGGAGGCUUCUAAUGCAAAUCUAAUGGCUUCAGCCCUUACAACUACUUCACUACUGCGAAAGCGAAAAUAUCUUUAAAUGUGAAGUUUUAAUUUGUUCAAAGGGGCUGAAAUGGGAUCAACCCUAUUUUUGGUGAACGCUAUGCCAAAUCGAGCAAACCUAUGCUUUCUUUGUGCUCUUAGGACAUAUGAUGACAAAACGCAAAUAUUUUUAAUGAUCUUAUUUAUUUUUAAUAUAUCAGAAUUGAGAUUAAUGUGUAUGUCAUGUUCUGAGUGAAACGAUGCACUGUGUUAACUUGAUUUCAGAAUUUGGAUCUGCAAGAGCCUCAUGAUUUUAGCAAUAAGGAAAUGCCCGUUGUGUUAAAUGUGAAGGACUCAAAUAGUCAAUAGUCAGGUUACUGUUAGAAACACUAUAUUAGAGUCAGUACAUUAGAUGCCAAAUGUUUUCCCUGUAAAUUGUUGUUCCAAUUGCAAUAGUAUAUACAUGGAUUGUACACCAUUUUGUUUCUGUGUGCAAAUAGAAAUGUAUGUAAUAAUUUCAAGUAGUAUAUGGUCAUCUGUCUUUUCUGGUUGUCAUUUUGGGGGGCAUUUUCUUAUAGCCAAGAAGUUUUCUUUUAUUCCGUAAAAACUGGAUGGUACUUUCAGAGAAUAAACUUGCCAAAAGAAAAAGAGAUAAAGCCAGAAAUUCAUUAGAAAGCACUGGGAUAUGAUCUGCUUCCAAACCAACUGUUACUUUAUUUCAGAUUUUAUUUUUUUUUUUUCAGUAUGUUUUUCAUUGGUACAUUUCCAUGCUCACUGGAUCGCUUAAUUUAAUUGCACAAGGCCCAUUUCUGCAAUCAACAAUUUACUUUUUGGCACUUGUUUGGGGUGCAAAUGAUAACUAUGAUUUUAAAGCAUUUGAGAGCACUUCACCAGUGC